CCCCCGUCCGACGUGCGUUGUGGUGGUGAACUGGCGCAAUCCAGUGUUGCUCAGGGGGCUGGCCAUGCGCAGGCCGGAUGCCUCAUCGCCUACUUCGACUACAAAUUGAAGGCCCAGAGGACCUUCCGACGAUCCCAACAUCGCCCACUUCACAUAUUCCAUGUCGAAUCAGCAACACCCGGACGACCACUUUCAUUACGGUUGUUUCCCGCGUCCCAACCGAAGAGGCACCCCGACAGGCAACAACAACAACGCCAACAACAAUAACAACGGCUCCCGACGCGGACUAUUUCAUCUCGGACAGGGUGGGCGAACUGUGCUGCCUCCUCUUUUUGCGCCGUUUCGAACCUCACGCUCUCCAGUUCCUGACCCUUCUCAUCAAUUUCCCCAGCAAGAUCCCCUACAGCCUCGGAACGAUCCCAGCAUAGCGCCCUACGGUCAGCCCGGCUGGCCAGUCAAUCAAGCCCAACCUCAUCCGCAAGGCGUGCCCUUCUCAUCAGAUCCCCGAUACCAAGCACAGACCCCUUACGGCUCAUACCCAUCUCGCUCAUCGCCGAACAACAUGAUCGGGAACCCUCACGACCGUACAUUACCCCCACUUAAUCCUCAAUCGCAGAUGCACCCCCACAUCCCAAUGACGGCAGCAGGCCAAGUUCGCUCGCCCAGCAGCGGCUAUCCGACCUACGCUCCCUUCCCUCAGCAGCACCAGCAGCAGCAAAACAGCUUCUACCCCAACGCUCCUGAUGCUCGUCAGCUCCCCCCAUCCAUCCCGAUGCCGCCUUUCGACGCGCCCUCGGGCCUCACACAAAGGCGCGGGUCGAUGGUAGACAGGUCGGCCCCCAUGCGGCCUGGCGUCGGCCACAGCUCCUCUCCAUACCCCCGUGUCCCCUCCGUAGUCCAGCCUACGUCCUACGCCCCCGAACCGCAGGCAGAACCCGUGAAGAAGAAGCGCAAGCGCGCCGACGCUGAGCAGCUCCGGGUCCUCAACGAAACAUACAACCGCACCGCGUUCCCCUCCACCGAGGAACGCAUAGAGCUCGCGAAGAAGCUGGGGAUGUCGGCACGAAGUGUGCAAAUAUGGUUCCAGAACAAGCGGCAAGCGAUGCGCCAGAGUACGCGGCAGGCCGCAGCGAGCGUUCCGCCCACGACGAGCCAGCCAUAUACGGGCCCGGGGUCCGCGUCCGUGACGCCCUCUGGAGGGUUCGGCGGCCACCCGUCGUCCGCGAUGGGGCCUGCAAGCAUCAGCCAGGCGGGCUACAGCAUGUCGCGCCCGUCCAGCGACAUGGGAGGCAUGCACCACCCCUCCGGCCGCCUAAACCCAUCCCCCAGCCCGUCUUCCCAUCGGAGAAGCCAUGAGGAGGAACCGCACAGACAUGGCCGCUUCUCUCCCCGCCCCGGGUUCUAAUCGCGGCCUCAUCGCACUUCGCGUUCGCGUGCCGGGCCACGAUUCCGCGCAUGCACGGCCGCGGGCCACAUCCUCUCUCUCUCGUGCACCGCCAGGCGCGCCACGCGCGCGCGGCAUCACCACUCGUUUGGCAUGCGUCCCACCGCCGCCCCGUUAUUUGCUGGCUCUUGUUUAACGUAAGUAUCGCAGCGCAGUGACAUUCGCUCCCUAGGACCUUGUUCCGUCGCAUCCUUCCGCUCGUUAUCGCCCCCCAUCGCCGCGAUUCUCACCCACCGUCACUGCAUCGCAUCUGCUAUCUCGACGAUCACGUCCCCCGCACUCCGUCCCCUCCCACACCUUCUCGUCCCGCGCACCUCCGCGUCCUUCUGUGUGACUACACUAUUAUGUAUACUGCCGCUGCGUCUUGACUUAUCGCCUAUAUCAUUACCUCACCGUACCCUACGUAUUCUC